CUGAAUCAGACAUUCCCACUCUCUAGAGUGUAUCCCAGCCGUAAGUCGCGGACGAAUUACCAUCUGAAAAGCGUGCUGCUUUAAAUCGGAUCCGCCCCGAAGGGAUUUUAGAAGAAUAAGCCGCGGCUCCACGUAUAUAUAGAAUGCACUCGGGUGCCAUAUACGACACUCCGGCGAUUCGUUUUCACCGAGAAACGUCGAGGAUGGUUCGCAACGAUCGUGAAAGUUUCCCUAAAACGCGGGCCUGUAUUUUUAUGCUCGUAUUGAGCGACGUUUUAGUGAACGGUUGCCUGAUUACCAACUGCAACAAGGGCGGCAAACGCAGCGGGAAAUUCGACCUAGCGGAGGGCUUUAAGUCGUGCGUAUCAUGCGGACCGAAUAACGCGGGCAAGUGCUUCGGUCCGAUGGUGUGUUGCGGCCCGUUCGGUUGCCUCAUAGGCACCCCGGAAUCGCUGAAGUGCCAAAGAGAGGGGCAGUUUCAUGAGAAAGAGCCGUGCGUCGCAGGUUUUGCUAAUUGUAGGAAAAACACGGGGCGUUGCGCCACCGACGGUGUAUGCUGCAGUCAAGAAUCGUGCCACAUCGACAAGCAGUGUUCGCUCGUCGAGGAUAAACGCAUUCUUUUGGACGCCAACGCAUUGGACUUAUACGGUUUUUACAUGAACGAAGCUGUGGUUUAGACUGCCAGCGCUUUUACUCACCGGA